UUCUCCUCUCUGCAUUUCUUGAUCUGAAUAAGAAUUUCGGUAUACAAGUAACCCAAAAAUCAAACUUCACUGCAAUAUUCUUGAUUCUUCAUCAAUGGAGACUCCAUCAUCAACAAGAAGGGUGACAAGAUCACAAGCCUUGGCUGUGGCUAACAGUGCUAACAAGAUCCCUCUGUCAACUAAGAAAAUUGAAGAAUCUGAGAAGAAAACAGUGGCGAAAUCAAGAAACAGAACUGGGAAACAAUCAGCAUUGAUCGAUAUAACAAAUGAUUCCCCCAUUGUUGGUCUUGCUAUGGGGAAUUUGGGGACACCAUCUUCAGAGAUGUCUAAGAAAAGGACUACAGGUCUAGCCAAAUACUUGAGUACACCUGGAUCUGGCGAGGAUUUAUUGAGGGGACAAGUUAAGACUUUGUUGCAAAAGGUUGAAGAAGAAGCUGUGCUCUCGAAGAUUUCGCUGGAAAAUAGGCCUUUCCUUCAUCUCAAAGGAAUUAUCAACUCUCCCAUGGGUCGUCUUGCCCCAACUCCUGCAAAUACACCUCUUAUGGAUUUCUCUGUCAAUGAAUUGCCUGCUGUUACUGCAUCCCCUGUUGAAGACAAGUUUGUCAUUUCUCAGAUGAUCAAUGAUAUGUUUGAAGGGGAAAAACAGGGAAAUCUUGAAUCUGAGAAAAGUUACUUAACAAGAUCUCUGCUGCUGGAUUUUUAUGAGAAACCAGAAGACUCGGAACAAUCUUCUGUGUGUUCCUCUGUGCUGACAUACCAAGGAUGUGAGGUUGAAAGCAAGGAGAAGACGACCCCUUCAGAUGACGACAAUGCAUCUAUAUGGUCGAUUCAGGUGAAUGCAAGUACUAAGGAUGAAGAAGAAGAAGAAGGAGGACUUGAAGAAGUUGAAGAAGAUGAAUAUGAUGAUGACAAGUAUGAUGAAAUUGAAGAGGAUGGAAGUGAAGUUGACGAUCUGUGUGAAGCGAUUAGCAAGAUCAAUGUGAAUUUUGAGGGGAAGCAUACGCGUUUUGUGUACAACAGUGAUGAUGAGCUUGAAGGUGCUGAAGAGUGCAAUGUUGCAUCAUCACCAGGUGUCUUGCACUUGAAGGGGUUGCCAACUCCAAAAGGGAAGCAUCUUCGCUUCCCUGAAGAACAAUGAAGGAAGAAAUUUCUAGGCUUAUAUUGAUGUUUCUGUUUUUGACACACCUGCUCUGUGGUGCUAUAAUACUUGUCAUGAUCUUUUUGUCCUUAUAGUUACUUCUCUUUUGCUGCUGCUACAUUGUAUUCUUUUGGUUCAUAUCUGAUUUGGACCUUUUGAAAAUUGGCUGUCAAAUUGAUGAUAUAUUUCAAAAAUCAUCUCUUUCCAAUGUCUCUGAAAG